AUGGUGAAGAAGCAGAAGGAGGGGAAGAUUAUGAAUCCUACGGACGCCCAUCGCAAGAUGGAGCGAAGGAAGGAGCUCCAGCGGAACAAGAAGGAGCGCAUGAAGGUGCGGGAGGUGGGCGUCCUAAAGAAGGACCCCAACGCGAUCAAGGCGCAGAUCGACAAGCUCGAGCAGAUGCAGGCCGACGGCGCACUGGACAAGACGCGGCGGCACAAGAAGCGACAGCUGGAGGAGAGCCUGGACAAGGUGGUCAAGAAGCAGAAGGAGUACGAGGAGAAGAUGCGGGAGAAGGGAGAGGAGCCGGUUAUGUUCAGCCACUUGGCACCGCCGAAGCCCAGCAUGGUCGUGCCCUUGAAUGACGUCAAGGUCGCGGGCGACUAUCCCCGUCCGGAGGAUUCCGUGUACUAUCAUCCGGAGCUCAACCCCCAGGGACUUCCGCCGGGGGGCAAGCCCCAGAUGUACCGAGCACGCCCGGUCGAACCCAUCCCCUCCCCUGCUAAGCAGACCGACGCACCCCCCCUCGCACUCCCCAUCCCCCCGCCCCCCAAACCCCCUGCCCCGAAAGA